CGGGGCGGCGCAGGAAGGGGGCGGCGCGGCGGGGCGGCGGUUCCGGGCACGUCGCGUUCCUCGCCGCGGGACCCACCGCGCCCCAUGGCCGCUCCGCAGGACGCGCUGCCCCCAGAUCAUGAAGCAAAAGAGCCAGUGGAGGAUACGGAUCCAAGCACUCUUUCCUUAACAAUGACUGAAAAAUAUCCUGUCCAAGACACAGGAUUACCUAAAGAUGAGGAAUACCUAACAGAUCAAGUUACUCUGGAAAUUGCAUCUGUGAACAUCAAGACCCUUACAUCAGAUUCUGGCCUAAUCCAACAGCCAGAAGACAAAGACACACAAAACCAUACUGACGAAUCACUUUCAGAUCUCAAGAAAACCUGCAAGGAAAACGUCACCUGCUCCUUGUGCUUAUUCCGUGCGCCGACCAUCAGUGACAUGCUCAAUGAUGAGGACUUGUUGUACACAGUGAGGCUAAAGCUGGAUCCCUGCCAUCCAACAGUGAAAAACUGGAGAAAUUUAGCAAGCAAGUGGGGGAUGACUUAUGAUGAAUUGUGUUUCCUUGAACAAAAGCCCCAAAGUCCCACCUUGGAAUUCUUGCUACGGAAUAGUGACCGGACUGUGGAGCAGCUGAUUGAGCUCUGUAAAUUUUAUAAGAGAAUUGAUGUUGUGAAAGUGCUUCUGAAAUGGGUGGAGGAGGAAUGGCCCAAGAGAGGGAACAGAACUUACCAGAAUGACUUCUAGGUCAAAGAAAGUUGUUAGUCUGUACGUGUUAAAUGCUAGCUACCACUAAUACGUUGGAAGUUUCCCUUGCAGGAGAGAGAAAGUACCCUCUGAGGGUUUGUAUACUGUGUAAGCUUUAUCUACUGUAUACACAAAUGUAAGCUUUAUGCCCUCAGGGUUGCAAAGAUAA